GGGGCAGUGAUGUGGAGCUUUUCCGUAGUGACAGGAGCAGCGGCCGGCACCGCCAGCCCUAUGGCUUGUGACUAUGAGCAGUUCUGAAACCACAACCAUGAAAAUCCCAAAGCUUCCGUUCCUCCUGCUUCUUGCUUUGUGCAUCACGCUGUAUCUCAGCUACCUCCGAUGGAAUCCUAGUGUCCAGAUCGAGAAACCGGAGUCUGACCUGAAGAACGCACCUGGAGCUGUCCGACGUGAAAUACUCUACGGUAUAAUGUUUGAUGCUGGGAGCACAGGAACACGAGUGCACGUUUACAAGUUCAGUCAAUCAUCCUCCGGGGCACCCCAUCUGGAGCACGAACUCUUCAAGGCCAUAAAGCCAGGACUGUCCGAGUAUGCUGACCAGCCAGAAAAGUGUACUGCAGGAAUAAAAGAGCUGCUAGAUAUUGCCAUUAAAGAAAUACCCGAACACCUCUGCAGAUCGACUCCACUCGUCCUCAAAGCGACAGCUGGAUUACGCCUUUUACCGGAAGAGAAAGCACAGAAAUUAUUGGACACGGUGAAGAACAUUUUUCUGUCCUCUCCAUUCCUUGUUGGAAAAGAAAGUGUCUCUAUAAUGGAUGGAACUGAUGAAGGAAUAUUUGCUUGGAUCACUGUUAACUUUCUAACAGGGAGUUUAACAAACCCUUCUGCCAAACUGGCUGGCAUGCUGGAUCUCGGCGGUGGAUCAACACAAAUCACCUUCUAUCCAUAUGAAAAGUCCACAUUUACUGGUGCUCCACCUGGCUAUAUUACCAACUUUCAGCUGUUUAACCGCACGUUCCACCUCUAUUCACACAGUUACCUUGGACUUGGAUUAAUGUCGGCGAGAAUGCAGAUUAUGGGAGGCACUGAAGGAGAACCAAUUAAGCCAGAUGAAGAGUUAAUAACGCCUUGUAUAACACCGGACCAUGUCACAGAAUUUAACCAUGCAGGAAUAACUUAUAAAGUAAAGGGACAGAAUAACGUAAAAUCUUUAUAUGAAUCAUGCUAUAAAAGUGUAGCAACGCUGCUGACCAAAGUAAACCACGCUGACGAAGUGCCAACUGUGUUCUUUUAUGCCUUUUCUUAUUAUUUUGAUCGGGCUGAGGACACACACUUAAUAGAUCCAAGUGUUGGUGGCUAUGUAAAAGUGAGAGAUUUUGAAACGGCAGCCAUAAAAGAAUGUACAAAUAUGGAAAAGACUGCAGGCAGCAAUCCUUACCUCUGUAUGGAUCUAACGUAUAUAACACACCUUCUUCAGGAUCUUGGUUUUCCAAAAGACAAGCGCUUAAAGCUUGUUAAGAAAAUCAAUGAUGUAGAAACAAGCUGGGCCCUCGGUGCCACGUUUUAUUACAUGGAUGUGAUGAAGAACAAUGUCUAGAACAACGUAAAUUAAUAUGACGAACUGUAAGGGAAGAGGCAAAAUACUUGAACAAAUUCUGAUGCUUUCAGAGACCUCGCCAUAAUAUGUGCCAUAAGACCCGGUGUCAGGGUUGAUUAUUUUAUUAUUUAUCUGGACUAAUGCUGAUUGAAAACAUAAGACCUCUAGAUUGUACUGAGAUGAUAUAACAUGAUAGGCCUUUAACUUGAUUCUUACUGAUUUGCUCUUCUCCUUCCACUCCUCCCACUGUCAAGGAACUGAGCUGAAAUUUUACUUUUGUUACAGAAAACUGACCUUUUUUCGUCCAGUACAGUAAAGCUGUGUUCACAUAAGCUUUGUUAUCCAUUCCCUCACCAUUCCAGUGAUUUUUUUUUUUUUCAUGGCAGGAACUUUGCAGACCGCUGUUUUUGCCAUCAGAAAUACUGACACUGAUGGAAAUUAUCUGGAUCCAUCAUACCAGAUCUGUUACUUUUCAUGCAGUUCAAAGUGUGGUAACAGACAGUUUUGAACAUGCAUUGACUUUUUUACAAUGUGAACACACAUAGGAUAUGGUACUAUAUCUGAAUCUUAUUUGGCAACUAGAAAACUCUCAAAAAGGUCCCUUCAGCUCUCCUGACAUGUCUAGUUUAUUCUUGUGUUCUUCAUGAAACAACAAUUCUGGAGCAUCUUUUCUUAUCAUUCUGAGUUCUCAUUCUUCUGUUAUUCCUCCUGAAUAUUUAUAAAUUGUAUGUUACCAUUUCCAUUGGCAAAGGCAGAAUUUUUCCAGUGGGCCACUGCUGCUGGCCAGGUACAUACUACAGGGGUCCAGGCAGCAUGCCGAAGGUAGGGCUGGCUUGGUGCUGUGGCUGUAUAUCACCUCCUAAGCCCCCUGCUCCGUAUCUUAAUUCGGGGAGGAGGAGGACAGCAUGUGGCAGCUAUUGAUGGCCACCACAGAGGGACAUUCUUCUGGGGAGGGAUUUUGUGCUCCAUUGUGGUAUUUGGUUCUUUGGGAUGGUAUUCUGUGCUGCACUAUGGUAUUGCUGACCCUGCCAACUUGUGUUGCCUACAUCCUGUCAGUUUGGAACCACCUACAACAUUGGGGCCAC